AUGGUUGCUUACCUUCCACAGGCCCGCAUGCUAGAAAAUCUCAGUGGGCGUGAGAGUGCUAAAACAGAGGGCAUUAGCGUUUUGUCUUGGCUACCUGCUACGCAGUUGAUCCAGUCUGUCCGAUUUGACCCAUCCAAUCUUUUGCUGCUGGAUCAAUCGCAACUAAAAGGAGAUGUUUCCUCCCAGUUACCUCGAUGCUGUCAAAAACUACAGAAAGAUGGAGAAUUCCUAUUACAGGACGGUGAUAGUGCCAACACAAUCAUACUGUCUGUAUUCAAAGAAGUUGUGCGUGACUUUUUGAUCACUAUUGAACAAGCUGGGGAAAGUCAUCGUUUCGUGAUUGGGAACCAACGCUUUGAAUCCAUAUCGGAAAUGAUGUCCGAACUGAAAUCAGUGCGUUCCGGCUCAGAAACCCUGAGACUAGAUACAGCUAUAUGUCGAAAUGACGAUAUGGGAAGAUUCGGAGCAUGUAGCGUUAUCGAUGAUUUCCCUCGUGAAACUAUGAAGACCAUGAUUCCUUUGCCCGUAAUCAAGCAAAAAGCAGUACUGGUGAUCCUACGAAAAACAAUUGCUCAAAUGAAUAUCGACGAGGAUCUUGAAUCUCUUAUGUUACUAAAGCAUAAACAUCUUAUAAGACUCGAGGACUUCGCCACAUAUCAGAAUCACUUGAUCAUUCUUCGUUAUGAAAUGCAUGAAAAUACUACGCUUUACGAAAUUUUGACAAAGAAGAAUGUGGUCGAGUUAGCGACAACGCUCAAGUGGAUACAGCAGGCAGCUUCUUUAGCAUUUUAUCUUGCCAAGCAGGGAUGUUUCAACUCCAUACUCUGUGCACAGGACUGCUAUCUCGAUGCGAACCAGAACAUAAAUUUUCGAGGAGCAUGGAAUACUUUUUGGCCGACUUGGCAAGAAGAAACGUUGAGACAUGCAUUUUACUGGAGAUUCGUAGCUCCAGAAACCUUGCUUCAUCAGAGGAGCUUUAGUUCGAGUAUCAUAUGGAAUCUGGGCAUUUUUAUGUGGCAGUUGACGGUCAGCUGUCGUCUCACACCUUUCUUCCAGUAUCGUUCGCGACAGUCUUAUUUGGAUGCGAUUCUCUCAGGCAGCAUCAUUUUGGUAGACUAUGAACACGACGUCGACAGCGUGGAUAUGAAGAUACUAAAGGGUAGAGCAAACAUCCCUCCUUCCACAGAUGCAAUGAUCGCGCAGUGCGUGCAGCUGCAGCCGGAUGAACGAUGUCUGUGGUCAACCAUACUCAGCACAACGAAGCGAGAGCGAGCGAUAGGAAUGCUAUCAAAUAGGAGCUCAGAAACCACCGCAUCUUUGCGUUCUUCGGAUGAGCCUUCCUUGGAGAGUGAAGAACCUUUUGAAGUCCUGGACUCGAGGGAUUAUGCUAUGCAGAAGAUGACAUCUGAAUCAGAAACAGAAAGCGGAUCCAGUGAUGAGCAUAUGAAGCUCAAGGAUUCCUUGUCAGUCGAUGAGAAGCCUCAUUGGUAUGCGAAUGAUGUGCGUGGGAUUGAGCUUGUCGACUCCCGAUGUUAUAGCUUGGUAUUCCAGAACACCGAAUGGCUUCCAGAAAGAAGCUACCUUUCCCUACAAUCCCUUUUCGACAUUGCACAAUCAAAUAACGAAGGCAGCAAAGCUAUGUCCGAGGACCAGAUACAGAAUUCUCAGCAGCCUACGUUCGCCAGAAGACGAGGACCUCUUGAACGGUUUACUUUGAUGAUUGGCGAGAAUAUACUACAUUUCAAGAUUGUCAAGGGAACCGAAAACAACAACCAGUCAUUGGAAGAACCUUCUGGAUAUAAAUGCUCGUCAUGUGGAAAAGUGUUGUCAUCGAAAAGUUUGUGGGAAAAACAUACCGAGGACGCUCACUGCUGCUCUGUGAAAAAUGUGCAUUGCGUUACUUGUGGAGCUGUGUUUGAUUCCAAAGUAAGCCUGGCACUUCACCUACGCCUCCACACAGGUCCUCGACCGUUCCGGUGCACCAUAUGUACUAAAUCCUUUUGUCGUUCUUCUACGUUAGCACUUCAUACGAAGAUGCAUGUUACUGGUCACCGACACUUUUGCCAGAUUUGUGGUCGGUGGUUCAAAUCUAGUGCGGCUUUGGCCGAUCAUGAGAAUUCGUGUUUGUCUUCAUUAAACGGAGACUUUAUCAACAUAAAUCGCCCAUUUCGCUGGCAGUGCUCAUUUUGUGACAAAAUGUUUCAUCAUAGGCGAGACAAGAACAUUCAUGAGAGGGUGCACACCGGUGAAAAGCCUUACACAUGCGGCUACUGCGGGCGAGGAUUUACGCAGUCUCAGACGCUGACCAUACACAUAAGAACACAUACUGGCGAGAAACCAUACCCUUGCAAUAUAUGUGGACAAGAAUUUAGAGACAGCUCUGCACUUCGAAAACACGAGUACAGACAUACAGCGCUGCCGUCUUCGUCUGUUUCCUCAAUCUAUGGUGACUCCGCGAUAGAGCUUGAUGUUGACGAAGACGAUCGUUUGUGGAAUGAAGGGGGCUCCUGACCCUCUGAGUACCUUUCUAGUUCAUUCUUCUCAGAUCUCAUUCUUGUGUGCUUGUAUAUAUAGUGAUCAUUUUGUAUGUUUGUCUAUUUAUUACAGAAUGAAAGUGGGUGCGGAUAAAACUCAGAAAG